GAUGGCUAAUGCAGAAGUGAGUGUCCCAGUGGGGGAUGUAGUUGUGGUACCCACUGAAGGAAAUGAAGGGGAGAACCCUGAAGACACUAAAACCCAAGUGAUCUUGCAGUUACAGCCUGUGCAACAAGGGAUUUAUGAAGCUGGAUCUGAGAACAAUACGGCAGUUGUGGCAGUAGAAACUCACACAAUACACAAAAUUGAAGAAGGGAUUGAUGCAAGCACUAUAGAAGCAAAUGAGGAUAUGGAAAUUGCUUACCCCAUAACUUGUGGGGAGAGCAAAGCCAUUCUCCUUUGGAAGAAGUUUGUAUGUCCAGGAAUAAAUGUAAAGUGUGUCAAGUUCAAUGAUCAGUUGAUCAGCCCCAAGCAUUUUGUUCAUCUGGCUGGCAAAUCCACCCUGAAGGACUGGAAGAGAGCUAUUCGUCUGGGUGGAAUCAUGCUCAGGAAAAUGAUGGACUCCGGACAGAUUGAUUUUUACCAACAUGACAAGGUUUGCUCCAAUACCUGCAGAAGCACCAAGUUUGAUCUUCUUAUCAGCAGUGCAAGAGCUCCAGUGCCAGGACAGCAGACAAGUGUGGUGCAGACGCCCACUUCGGCCGAUGGUAGCAUCACACAGAUUGCCAUCUCAGAAGAGAGCAUGGAAGAGGCAGGGCUGGAAUGGAACUCAGCUCUCACUGCUGCUGUCACCAUGGCCACAGAGGAGGGCGUGAAGAAAGACUCAGAGGAAAUUUCAGAGGAUACUUUGAUGUUCUGGAAAGGAAUAGCUGAUGUAGGACUGAUGGAAGAGGUUGUCUGCAAUAUACAGAAGGAAAUAGAGGAGCUACUUAGGGGAGUUCAGCAGCGGCUCAUCCAGGCUCCCUUCCAGGUCACAGAUGCUGCUGUUCUUAACAAUGUAGCACAUACAUUUGGCCUAAUGGACACAGUCAAGAAGGUUUUGGACAACAGGAAGAACCAAGUAGAACAGGGAGAAGAGCAGUUUCUCUAUACUCUCACAGACUUGGAACGUCAGUUGGAAGAACAGAAGAAGCAAGCCCAGGAUCACAGGCUGAAAUCCCAGACAGUUCAAAAUGUGGUACUGAUGCCUGUGAGCACUCCUAAGCCUCCCAAAAGGCCCCGGCUCCAGCGGCCAGCCUCCACCACCGUCCUGAGCCCUUCUCCUCCUGUCCACCAGCCUCAGUUCACAGUCAUCUCACCCAUCACCAUCACGCCAGUGGGUCAGUCAUUUUCCAUGGGCAAUAUUCCAGUGGCCACCCUCAGCCAGGGCUCCAGUCCUGUGACUGUCCACACACUGCCUUCUGGCCCUCAGCUCUUCCGUUAUGCCACAGUGGUCUCCUCAGCCAAGAGCAGCUCACCAGACACAGUGACCAUCCACCCUUCGUCUAGCUUGGCGCUGCUAAGCUCCACCGCCAUGCAGGAUGGGAGUACCCUGGGCAACAUGACCACCAUGGUGAGCCCUGUGGAGCUGGUGGCCAUGGAGUCUGGCCUAACCUCGGCCAUCCAGGCAGUUGAAAGCACCUCAGAGGAUGGGCAGACCAUCAUUGAGAUUGACCCAGCCCCAGACCCAGAGGCUGAGGAUACUGAGGGCAAAGCAGUCAUUUUGGAGACCGAACUGAGGACUGAGGAGAAAGUCGUGGCUGAGAUGGAAGAACACCAGCAUCAAGUCCACAAUGUGGAGAUUGUGGUCUUAGAGGAUUAACUGGGGGUCUUGGGGCCAGGAGAUAUGUUUUGGUUUGGAAUUUUAAUUAUUUGUUUAUUUUUAUCAUUGUCCCACUCAUUUCCACAUAGGAUCCUUUUUUUAAAAAAACAAGAUCUCAUUGUUGUAACUGAACAUAUCGGGUCCCUUCCAGCCCCUCUCUGAAAAAUGGACAAAACAAGCUGCCCUUCUGGAAGUUGAGAAUAGGUCAUUCAAUGUCCUAACCGUCUUACACCAAGAGAGGUAUUUUUUUGAGGGGAGGCAUCGAGAUAACCUGAAACCCUCUCCAGAAGUUACUUUCCAGGCUAGUCUCUCUGUGUAUACACAUGGUUUUAGUCUCAUAAGGUGCAUUGACCAAACCAGGGAACACAGAUCUGACCCUGGAAGGCAACCCACUCACACGUGGAUGCAAAAGUAUCCUUGAUGUUGUAUCCUGGAACAAGCCCUCAGAGGCCAGUGCAAAACCCCCAAACAAAAGUGAGUUGAACUCUGCUUAGAGGGGAAGGUAACAAACUAGCAGAAGCUUAAAAAGGGAAGUGCUUUGGCCAGGAUGGGGCAAGGAAAUUAUCUUACUUCCAGAAGUGCUACUGAUGCCUCUUGCUAUCUCUGAGGGUUACCACCAUGGGUGCCGUUUGGAGGCAAGGCCAGUGUUAAGCGGAAGGGUACAUUUUCACCAAGCAGGUGGCGUCAGGGACCUGCAGCUUGGCAGAGAUAAG